UUGUGUCGAAAUAUUUAAAUAUUAUAACUUUUCCAAUAUGGCUGGUAAUGAGGCUGUAAGUUUUGAUAAAAAGUUUAAAUCACGUCAUGCCACGUCUAAGGGAGAUAUAAUUUUGUUUAGGCAUGGUGCUAUUGUCAGAAAUAGAGAUUUGAUUGAUGUGUGGAUAGAAGCACCGAGAGGAAAUAGAAAACAGAAGUUGAUUUGCAAGAACUUCUACAGAAAAGCUGAAAGUAUCCUUGAAAUAAUAAAUUUUGAAGAGAGAGAUUGCCGGAUUAAAGUGAUAUGCAAGUGGGGAUUUGAUGGCAGUUCUGGGCAUAGCCAAUAUAAGCAGAAAUUUUCUGAUUUAGAAAACACCGACGAAUUUCUGUUUCUUGUAGCAAUGACGCCACUCAGAUUGAUUGAUAUGGAAACGAAUACGAUUGAAACAAAAGAAGGGCACUAUUAUAUAAUUGAAGUUGAUAUGAUGUUGACAAUGUUGGACGGCAGUGUUGGAAACGUUCUAUCAGAGACAAAUUCAACUAUGAAGUGCAUCAUUUGCGGAGCCACACCCAAGGACAUGAACACGUUAGCAGGGAUUAACCGUCCUCCUAACGUAGACAAUUACCGGUUUGGUUUGUCAACUUUACACUGCUGGAUUCGUUUUUUUGAAUACUUACUCCAUAUUGGAUACCGCCUGCCAAUUAAAUCUUGGCAGGUUCGUGUGCCUGAAAACAAAGCUAUAGUCGAAGCAAACAAAAAACGAAUCCAAGCAGAGUUCAGAGCCAAGCUGUCUCUAAUAGUUGACAAACCAAAACCCGGGUAUGGCUCCUCAAAUGAUGGCAAUACGGCCAGAAUCUUUUUCCACAAUCCACAAACAAGUUCAGAUAUCACAGGGGUUGACAGGGAAUUAAUCGAGAAAAUUGCGAUCAUCUUAGGAGUGUUAGCUAGUGGUUGCGCUAUUGAUAUGGAAAAGUUUGCGUCAUUGCUGGAAGAAGCAAGAAAUUUGUAUAUCCACCUUUAUAAGUGGUACAAUAUGCCAAACACGGUACAUAAUCCCGCCUGCUCCCCCACCCCUUCUUAUUAUUUUAAAUAA